GUUGGAAAUAAUCCAAUAAUCAUAAGCACUUGCACUUGCACACACACAUGACACAUCAUACUUGCAUAACACACUCAACUCACUUUGGUAGCUAGCUAGAGCCAUCAAGUAUUAUAUAUCCCCCUGUGUGCACCCACAUCGCUCACGCUUGCUACUACUACCCUCUACCAAGACUACCACCAUCUAUCUAUCAUUCUAUCAUUCUAUCUAUCUAUAUCUCUCGCUUCCACUAACCUCAGCUUCUCUGCUCCUCCACCUCCUCCUCCACUGCUACGCCGGCAAUGGCCGCCCGCCACUGACGUGCGGCCGGCCACACCGGCGAUGCCGGCCGACGACGACGACGCGUCGUACCUCCUAUGCGCCGAGGACGCCGGCGCGGCCGUCUUCGACGUCGCCGUUGACAUCAGCACAUGCACCACGGAGGACGACGAGUGCUGCUCCGUCGGCGGCGAGGAGCUGUACUCGGCGGCGUCCAUCGCCGAGCUUAUCGGCGGCGAGGCCGAGUACUCGCCGCGGUCGGACUACCCCGACCGCCUCCGCUCCCGGUCCAUCGACCCGGCCGCCCGGGCCGAGUCGGUCUCAUGGAUUCUCAAGGUGCAAGAGUACAACGGAUUCCUUCCCUUGACGGCCUACCUCGCCGUCAACUACAUGGACCGGUUCCUCUCCCUCCGCCAUCUGCCGGAGGGUCAAGGAUGGGCAAUGCAGUUGCUAGCUGUGGCCUGCCUCUCAUUGGCUGCCAAGAUGGAGGAAACCCUAGUUCCCUCCCUCCUGGACCUACAGGUAGAGUGCUCAAGGUAUGUUUUUGAGCCACGGACGAUCUGUCGAAUGGAGUUUCUCAUCCUGACGGCGCUCAAUUGGAGGCUCCGAUCGGUUACGCCUUUCACGUUCAUCGACUUCUUCGCUUGCAAGGUCGAUCCGAAAGGGAAGCACACGAGAUACCUGAUUGCCCGAGCCACAGAAAUGGUUUUAGCUACAAUACAUGACAUCCAGUUCUUGGAUCACUGCCCGUCGUCAAUGGCUGCUGCCGCAGUGCUGUGCGCCACCGGUGAGACACCGUCGCUCGCAUUCGUAAACCCUGAGCUUGCAGUCAAUUGGUGCAUUGGCCUUGCAGAGGAAGGGAUCAGCAGCUGCUACCAACUAAUGCAGCAGCUGGUAAUUGGAAAUGUACAGAGGUCAGCAGCAGCAGCAGCAGCAGUUAACCUGUUCUCAGAUGAGGGUCUGUCAUAUGAUUCCUCCUCACCUCCCCCACCAAAGAGGAGGAAGAGGUCACCACCAGGCACAUGAUCAAGAAGGUCUCAAGUAGAUAGAGAGAAUUAUUUACAUGAUGGGGGGUUUUUUUGAGCAGAUUAACAGGGGUUUGAUUUCUUCCGGUUGUUGUGUUCUUGUGAUUCUUUUUUUUCCCAUUUGUUCUCUUCUUUUGGGGUUUCUUUACACCUUUGUGGGGGCUCUCCCUGCUUGGCCCUAUUGAUCUUUGCCAUCAUGGCAAUGGCAGCCUCUGCACUGCCAGUCUGUGAGGAAGUGAAAAUAUGAAGGUGAGGAGGGAAGACAGAGAGACAGAUAAAAAUUUGUGUUUUUUUUUUUUGGUGCUAUACUCUGUGGGUCUUCAGUCUUCACCUCCCCAAUGCAAAAAAUUGCAGAGAUUGCAUUGAUUACCUUGGUGUGUGAAGCCAUGGAGGAGAAAGAAAAGUAAAAGGAGAGCAAUGCAAUGGCACAUUGCAUUGCAUUGCAGGCAGUGAGAUGGUGGGGGUUAAAUGAGGUGGUCAAGCAAAGGGUCAGAUCUCCUGUCAAAGGUGUAGGCCUUCUCCCUGCCAAGUUCUGUUCAUAUUCAUGAGGGGGAAAUUUGUUUGUUUCCGAGUGGUUUGUUUGUAUUUUGUUGAUGUUACUACUGAAGAUGAAGAGAGAGAGAAUGAGAGAGGGGGCAUGGUGUACUGGGAGGCACAUGCAUGCCCUAGUGUGAUGCUCUGGAGUGAAAUAUUUGUCCAUCUCCGGGCUAACAGUGUCCAAGCAUGAGGCUUUUGGGGGCCCUUGCUAUUUGUUCCAAUUUGUACCCUUUUUUUCCUUGCAUAAAUAAACAUGUUGCCAUUUUAAUUGGCCUGAAAAAAGAUAUAUCAUGAGGAGAGAGUUCAUGUGCUUUGCUAU